AUGAGCAAUUCCUCUCAGCUGACUCAAAAUGUUUGUCUCACCCAGAAGAUGGAGCUCCCGGAGGCCUUUUCUGACCAAUGGACAUGCCUACCUGCCUUCCUCAACAUGCUAUCACUCAGUCUUUCCACAGCAUCCCUGCUCAGCAACUACUGGUCUGUGGGCAUACAGAAGGUGCCCAAGCCCCUGUGCGGGAAUGGCCUGCCAGCCAAGUGCUCUGACGUGCCGGUGCCCUUGGAUGGGCGCGGCACCAGCGCGCCAUCCCAGGAGGUGGUGCAAUACAGCUGGGAGACUGGGCCCGACCGCUUCACCUUCCAUGCCUUCCGGAGCGGCACGUGGCUCUCCUAUGAGGAAAUCGUGGGAGACCCAGCACUGCUCCAACUCCAGUCGGGGAAACAGUUUAGAGCCCUGCAGGCCGGUGGUACAGCAGGAGCGAAAGCUGCUGGAGAGAGGUGCCGAAGCUCCCUUGAACUCAUGCUACCAACCGAGAGAGCUGAGAAAGGACUACUGGAAUGUGCCACGUUGCAAGGCCCAGGUCACCGCACUCUCCGAUUCGGAGGGAAGCAGUUGAUAGAGAAGGCUUUCGUCCCCCACCUUCCCUUGGGGCUUGGGGCAGAGAUCCUACGGUUCUCACUGGGAGUCCGAUUCGCCUACAUCAGACUUGAACUCAUCAGCUUCCUCCUCCUACUGGUGGCCUUGCUAUUCACGGGGAGCCCCGGCUGUGGCCUCAAGCUGGGCGCCUUCACCGCCUUCUUCUCUGGCUUGUCAGCACGGCCUGGGUUUCCUUCAGCUGCUGCAUGGUGUCAGCUGUCACCACCUCCAACACAUACAUGCAGCUGGUGCUGGAGCUCGAGUGCAAGCACAGUGAGAGCUGCGGAGGAGCCCCGCCGAGCUGCCUACUGCGUCACCGCCUAUGUUUCCUUCGGGAGCUGGCGUGCACAGCCCACCCGAGGGGCCUUUGACCAGCUACCCCCCCAGGACCACCAUCAGCCCGUCCGCUCCAUCUCCGGAGGAGUGGACUUCUCCUCAGAGCUACACACAAGGAAUUGCAACACGGGACCAGCUGGGAGCCUCAGGAAGAGGCGGCCGGGUCGUCUGUAG